AUGACGGCGGUGUGCACCAAUAGCUUAUCUGUGGAAGAGUCGUCGCGUGCCGGAAUGCGGCCGUUAAUUAAGCGGUUGCCAAACGCGGCCGCGACCGUCCGCCGCCGUGCGCCGUGUCAAGAGCGCGUGACGCAACCCGCUUCGUCGAGUGGCAACCCUGCCGUCUUCUACCACCGGUUCUCGAUAGAGACAACCCUG